CAGCAACGGCGGCGGCUGAGCCCUGAGGCGACAGCGGCUGCAGCGGAGGCCACGGGCCGCGGGCGACGGGCAGCCGGGGCGGACGCGCCGGCAGACAGCGAGCCGCGCUGGCGGCGGCGGUGGCCGCGAUGAUGGAGAUCCAGAUGGACGAGGGCGGCGGCGUGGUGGUGUAUCAGGACGACUACUGCUCCGGCUCGGUGAUGUCGGAGCGAGUGUCGGGCCUGGCCGGCUCCAUCUACCGCGAGUUCGAGCGCCUCAUCCACUGCUACGAUGAGGAGGUGGUCAAGGAGCUCAUGCCGCUCGUGGUCAACGUGCUGGAGAACCUGGACUCGGUGCUCAGCGAGAACCAGGAGCAUGAGGUGGAGCUGGAGCUGCUGCGCGAGGACAACGAGCAGCUGCUCACCCAGUACGAGCGCGAGAAGGCGCUGCGCAAGCAGGCCGAGGAGAAAUUCAUCGAGUUUGAAGAUGCCUUGGAACAAGAGAAGAAAGAGCUACAAAUCCAGGUGGAGCACUAUGAGUUUCAGACCCGCCAGCUGGAACUGAAGGCCAAAAACUAUGCAGAUCAAAUUUCCCGGUUGGAGGAGCGGGAGUCAGAGAUGAAGAAGGAAUAUAACGCCCUGCACCAGCGACACACCGAGAUGAUACAGACCUACGUGGAGCACAUCGAGAGGUCCAAGAUGCAGCAAGUUGGGGGGAACAGCCAGACCGAGAGCAGCCUGCCCGGGCGGAGCCCUCGCCAGUCGUGGAGGAAAAGCAGGAAGGAGCGCCCCACUUCUCUGAAUGUCUUUCCCCUGACCGACGGCAUGGUACGUGCACAGAUGGGGGGCAAACUCAUGCCUGCGGGGGACCACUGGCACCUGAGUGACCUCGGCCAGCUGCAGUUCAGCUCCAGCUACCAGUGUCCCCACGAUGAGAUGUCGGAGUCCGGCCAGUCCUCCGCGGCUGCCACGCCCAGCACCACGGGCACCAAGUCCAACACGCCCACGUCCUCCGUGCCCUCGGCCGCAGUCACGCCCCUCAACGAGAGCCUGCAGACCCUGGGGGACUACGGCGCCAGCUCCAAGAACAGCAAGCGGGCUCGGGAGAAGCGCCACAGCCGUAAUAUGGAGGUGCAGGUCACCCAGGAGAUGCGUAAUGUCAGCAUAGGCAUGGGCAGCAGUGACGAGUGGUCUGACGUUCAGGACAUUAUCGACUCCACCCCCGAGCUGGACAUGGGGCGGGAGCCCCGCCUGGACCGCACUGGCAACAGCCCGACCCAGGGGAUCGUCAACAAGGCUUUUGGCAUCAACACUGACUCCCUGUACCACGAGCUGUCCACUGCAGGGUCCGAGGUCAUCGGGGACGUGGAUGAAGGGGCUGACCUACUAGGGGAGUUCUCAGUGCGCGAUGAUUUUUUUGGGAUGGGCAAGGAAGUGGGGAAUCUGCUGCUGGAGAACUCACAGCUUCUAGAAACCAAAAAUGCCCUGAACGUGGUGAAGAACGACCUCAUCGCCAAAGUGGACCAACUGUCGGGAGAACAGGAGGUGCUGAAGGGGGAUUUGGAAGCCGCCAGGCAGGCCAAACUAAGGCUGGAGAGCCGCAUCAAGGACCUGGAGGAGGAGCUGAGGAGAGUGAAGUCGGAGGCCAUCAUCGCCCGCCGUGAACCCAAAGAAGAGGGGGAGGAUGGAAGCAGCUAUCUCUGUACAGAAUUGGACAAGAUCCCCAUGGCACAGCGCCGCCGCUUCACACGGGUGGAGAUGGCCCGCGUGCUCAUGGAGCGCAACCAGUACAAGGAGCGGCUGAUGGAGCUCCAGGAGGCUGUGCGGUGGACCGAAAUGAUCAGAGCAUCCCGGGAGCACCCGUCUGUCCAGGAGAAAAAGAAGUCUACCAUCUGGCAGUUCUUCAGCCGCCUCUUCAGCUCCUCAUCCAGCCCCCCUCCAGCCAAGCGGUCCUACCCCUCGGUGAACAUUCAUUAUAAGUCACCCACCACAGCUGGCUUCAGCCAGCGCCGAAGCCACGCCCUGGGCCAGAUCUCGGGGGGCAGCCGACCCCUGGAGUUCUUCCCUGACGACGACUGCACCUCCUCCGCCAGGCGGGAGCAGAAGCGGGAGCAGUACCGCCAGGUGCGCGAGCACGUGCGCAACGACGAUGGGCGGCUGCAGGCCUGCGGCUGGAGCCUGCCGGCCAAGUACAAGCAGCUGAGUCCCAAUGGGGGCCAAGAGGACACUCGGAUGAAGAACGUGCCUGUCCCCGUGUACUGCCGCCCUCUGGUGGAGAAGGACCCAACCAUGAAGCUGUGGUGUGCCGCGGGUGUCAACUUGAGUGGGUGGAAACCAAGCGAGGACCAUUCUGGUAAUGGAGUCAAGCCGGCACCAGGCUGCGACCCUCUGACCUGCGACGGGGAAGUGGAAGGAGAGGCCAAGAGCAACCACACGUCCCCUGAGAAGAAGAAGGCAAAGGAGCUCCCCGAGACCGAUGCCACCUCCAGCCGGGUGUGGAUCCUCACCAGCACCCUGACCACCAGCAAAGUGGUCAUCAUUGAUGCCAACCAGCCAGGCACCGUCGUGGACCAGUUCACCGUCUGCAAUGCCCACGUCCUGUGCGUCUCUAGCAUCCCCGCGGCCAGCGACAGCGACUACCCUCCGGGGGAGAUCUUCCUGGACAGCGACGUGAAUCCCGAGGCCUCUGGUGCAGACGGCGUGCUGGCCGGCAUCACCCUGGUGGGCUGUGCCACGCGCUGCAAUGUGCCACGGAGCAACUGCUCCUCGCGAGGGGACACCCCAGUGCUGGACAAGGGCCAGGGGGAGGUGGCUGCCGUCGCCAAUGGGAAGGUCAACCCAUCUCAGUCCACGGAGGAGGCCACGGAGGCCACGGAGGUGCCUGACUCUGGGCCCAGUGAGGCAGAGGCAGCUGGGGUGCGACCCGGGCCCCUCACGGAGCACGUCUUCACCGACCCGGCCCCUGCCCCGCCCCCCAGUACCCAGCCUGGCAGUGAGAAUGGGCCAGAGGCCGACUCGAGUGGUGUGCAGCCCGAGCCGGAGCCCAGCGGAGACCCUGAGGGGACCAGCAGCAGUGCCGCACCCACCAUGUGGCUGGGGGCCCAGAAUGGCUGGCUGUACGUGCACUCAGCCGUGGCCAACUGGAAGAAGUGUCUGCACUCCAUCAAGCUGAAGGACUCCGUGCUGAGCCUGGUGCACGUGAAAGGACGAGUGCUGGUGGCUCUGGCCGAUGGGACUCUGGCCAUCUUCCACCGAGGCGAAGACGGCCAGUGGGACCUGAGCAACUACCACCUGAUGGACCUGGGCCACCCGCACCACUCUAUCCGCUGCAUGGCCGUUGUGUACGACCGCGUCUGGUGCGGCUACAAGAAUAAGGUGCACGUCAUCCAGCCCAAGACAAUGCAGAUCGAGAAGUCAUUUGACGCCCAUCCACGGCGGGAGAGCCAGGUGCGGCAGCUGGCGUGGAUCGGCGACGGGGUGUGGGUGUCCAUCCGCUUGGACUCCACGCUGCGGCUGUACCACGCCCACACCCACCAGCACCUGCAGGACGUGGACAUCGAGCCCUAUGUCAGCAAGAUGCUGGGCACCGGCAAGCUGGGCUUCUCGUUCGUGCGCAUCACCGCCCUGCUCAUUGCGGGCAAUCGCCUGUGGGUCGGCACCGGUAACGGCGUCGUCAUCUCCAUCCCACUGACCGAGACCGUGGUCCUGCACCGAGGCCAGCUGCUGGGACUCCGAGCCAAUAAGACAUCCCCCACAUCUGGGGAGGGGGCCCGCCCAGGGGGCGUCAUCCACGUGUAUGGUGAUGACAGCAGCGACAAGUCGGCCAGCAGCUUCAUCCCCUACUGCUCCAUGGCCCAGGCCCAGCUCUGCUUCCACGGGCACCGUGACGCCGUCAAGUUCUUUGUCUCGGUGCCAGGGAAUGUGUUGGCCACUCUCAAUGGCAGCGUGCUGGACAGCCCAUCCGAGAGCCCCGGGCCCGCCGCCGCUGCGUCAGACCCAGAAAGCCAGAAGCUGAAGAACGUGCUGGUUCUGAGCGGCGGGGAGGGCUACAUCGACUUCCGCAUAGGUGACGGAGAAGAUGACGAGUCGGAAGAGAGCGCGGGGGACAUGAGCCAGGUGAAGCCCAUACUGUCCAAGGCUGAGCGCAGCCACAUCAUUGUGUGGCAGGUUUCCUACUCCCCCGAGUGAGGCGUGGCCUCCACCGCCCCUGCCUGAUGCCACCGUGUACAUACACCCCGCCCCACCCACCUGCCACGGGCUGCCCCCUGCUGUCAGCCCCUUUCUAAUCUCUCAACCUGCAGCUUUCACCUUAGGUCCAGCCCAGGGGCCGGCAGGGGGCGGAGAGCUGCAAAGUGGGUCUGGCUGGGAGGAGGGGGGCGUGGGUGGGAGGGAAGAACCUCUGGGACACCCUUUUCCCAGCAGCUCCUGGCUGGCCCCCAGCCCAGUCCCAGGGCACUGCAGGGCCAGAAUGAGGCAGAGUCCUGGGGUGGGCUGGGCCGGGACAGACCCAAGGUGGCUCCCAGCUGCACCCUGGGCUCCCCGCUCCCAUCACUCACUCCCUGGAUCCCCAGGGCAGGAAACAGGGACUUCACCUCCAGGUCUCCCCACCUGAGUCCACUUGCCUUUGCCUGCUGUACGCAGGGGUAGGGGGUCCUUAGGGAGCUGGCCCGGCCACUAGACCUUGCCCCCAUCCCUGCCACCCCGGGCACUGGCAUGAAAGCACGUAACCAGACUCCAUGGGGCAGCUGUUUGAGAAGACAAACAGAUGCCCUCAUCCCGUUCAAACCCUGAUCCUCCUGUUUGGCAGGCUCUCACCGGCUCUCACUGACCCAUGUCCCCUCCCCCCUUCCUGGGCAGAAGACCCACCUUGUAGGAGCAUACCCUGGAGUCCUGCCCCUCCUGGAAGCCCCUAGGGUGAAUUUCUCAGGCUGCCAGGGCAGGCCCAAGCCUCAGGAAGAAAGGGGGGCCCUGGCCUCUCCUGGGGUCAGUCCUAGGAUGCAGGCAUAGCCUCAGGGUGAUGGGGAAGGUGAGCUCCUGGGCCUGCCUGCCAAGCAGUCUCCAAGGAGCCCAGCUCCCAAGACACACUACUAAGUGCCUUGGGCUGGUGGUGUGGCCUGCUCCCUUGAGGGCAACCGACAGGCUAACAACAGAGGCCCGAAGGGCUAAGGAUAAGGGCCACCUCCCCCAGCUCUUAGGAGUGUGCGCCCGCCAACUUUGAAGGGCAUCGCCCUGGACUGCUGCCUCCCCACCUGCCCAGGCUUUAGUCCUGCUCCAAAAGGCACUGAUCAGGGCAGCCUCGUGCCCUGCCGUCCACCCACCUCCCACCAGAGAAGCACAGAUCUCGGGCAGCCACCCCACAGCCCAGCCAGACACCACUGCAGUCACAUGCCGCUGCAGGCUUCUCCCCACCGCCCUGCCACUGUCCACUGUGAUGUCCGUCAAGUCCUUUGUCUGUUCCCACGGGGCCAUGAAUGACUCGGGGGUUAUCUGGGGUGGGUGCAGCUGGGAGAAGGGGCUGGGUGACAAUUCUCCUCAGGCUUUGGCCCUGCAAGCAAACCCGUGUAUCUGCUCUGUAUGUAAUAAAUGUCUUAACAUGGUACCCCAAA